GCUUUUUUUGUUGUUGUUGUUGUUGUGGAUUUGUCUCACCAAGACUGCUACUUACACACCGGAUCGUUGCCGAACCAAGCUCCCAAUAGUGACUUUCAAAACAAAGGCACGUUUGGCGCCUUCACCUCAGCCUCAAUGCGAAAUGCGUUCCUGAUACACGGCCCUUUCUGAACGCCUGCUUCAAAUGUCAUGAUUUUUGGAAAAUGAUACAUUCGUGUCGUUGAAGUAACUCGUUGUCGGUCCGCUUUCAGACCGGCUAUCAAAUAACCGUGGCGGAGCAUGCAUGCUUUUAUUGUGAAAACCGUGAGCGGACAUACUCGUGUUCACGCUAAGUGACGCGCCCUCGAUGCUGCCGGCUGCGAACAGGAUGCUGUCAGGCCGAAAGGACGCAACGACCGAGCGGAUGGCGAGCCGAGCCGCAUCCUUUGUUUUCCCGGACCCAACAUCAAGUCGCUUCUGAGGAGGAGAAAGAGGCACACGACCAAGUGUGGAAAACCCGAGCGGUCGUCUCAAGCCAAGCUGCGAUGCUCUGAAACGUCACAGACAGCGAGGAGCGCUGAAGCGAGCGUGUUGACUGACAGAGGGGGGUUCGUUUGUUUUGUUCCUCAAGGCGUCGGUGAGGGGAGGGGCCUUGCAGGCUCUCUUUUCCACUUAGUGUCUUCAUGUUUUGGGGGUCCUUCGGUGCCCCCGCCCUCUGUCAGUCCCCCCGCUCCCGCCGCCACCACGGCCGGCCACCCCAGCCGCUUCGUUGCCAUGCCAACAGAGACCCUGUCUCCAGCUCUGCCAGAUAGCAAAGCCGCUGGCACCGCAACGCCUUUCGGCUCCACCGUCCCCCUCCGAAUCCUGAACAAGGGCCCGGACUACUUCCGGAGACAGGUUGAACCCAACCCGAAGCGGCUCAGCGCCGUCGAGAGACUAGAAGCCGACAAAGCAAAGUAUGUGAAGAGCCAAGAGGUGAUCAACGCAAAACAGGAACCGAUCAAACCCCCCGUUCUGGCCAAGCCCGCGACCGUUCACAGCCUUCAAUCCAAGAGGACCUCCGGCGGAGUCCCUUUCAAAGCUUCCAAUAACAACGCCAAGUCGGACACCUGCGCGCCGAGUAGCGCCGGCGGCAAACGGGAGAAUUUAAACCUGGAGAUCCUCAAAAAUCUCCUCAACUCGUCGUCGUCUUCGGGCGCGGGAUCCGAAGGACUCGGGGGCGGAGCCAAGAGUGCUGCCUGGAUGAGGUCAUCUGGGGGACUGACCAGGACUUGGACGCCUUCCAGGACGCCGUUGACCUACCGGUCCACGAUGGCCCUGAACGAGCCCCCGCGAGAGUCGGCCCCGAGUCCGAGCACCUCCCAUUCCCUGCGCUCCUUUCCCCAUUCCUUGAAGGUACCUGCGGGCAGUAGCGGCGGACGGUGCAGUCCUCAGCCGGCGGCCAACCUCAAUCUCAGCAGGGUGCCGGAUGAAAGAGGAGGAGGCCGAGGGGGCCUGGCGGAACGCUCGUGCUCUCCGCUACCGCCGCUGCUGACCUCGCACUCCUCCUCGGACCUCCUGCGGCUGUGCAACGGCAAGCCGCUCCGCACGGCACGAUCCGGCAGCUCCUCGGCCCCGCCGCUCCCGCCCAAACCCAACCCGGCUUUCCUGCCGCCGCCCGCCCUCUCGCUGUCGCUGCCGGCCCCCCGGCCCUGCCUCUCGCCGUCACCCGGCGGCAAGGCGAGCCCUCGGCCGCCGGCGCGCGAGAUCGGCGACGCCGCCGUCGCCAACCCGUCGACGGAUCCCGGCCCGGAGGCGGAGCCCACUUGGUCCGUCGCGCGCCGCUCCUCCCUGCACAGGUCAAAGUCAGACCUGUCGGACAGGUACGCCCGAGCCGGAGCCGACGUGGAGCGUUUUUUUAACUAUUGCGGCCUGGAUCCGGAGGAGCUGGAGGCGGUCGGCCCCGAGAACUUUGCUCGGGCCAAUUCGGACAUCGUGAGCCUCAACUUCAGAUCGGCCUCCAUGAUUUCUUCGGACUGCGACCGGUCCCGGCGCUCCUCCAACGACGGCCUGUCGGACGGCGACGAGGGAGAAGACGAGGAGGACGAGGCCGGCCAGCGAGUCCCUUACGGCAUCUCCGCCGUGGAGCGCAACGCGAGAGUCAUUAAAUGGCUGUACAGCAUCAAACAGGCGAGAGAGACGCAAAAGGUGUCGCACGUCUAGGUUCGCCGACUGCCUCUCGUCUCCCGAUCGGGACGGACCAAGGCAAAGGCUGUCGGGAAAGCCAAGCCAAAUUACAGAAUGGCCACAACCCCCCCAAACACGCCCAAUAUUGAGUUUGGCGGGACACGGAUGAACAUGAAGCGGCUCGUCGGGAAGUCCUUGUGGACGCUGACGGAAAAAAGGCCUCCGGCCGCACCCGAUCAAAAGUCUCAUUCGGUGAAAUGAAAUUCACGUGGCCUUUGCGCGCUAGCGACGCUCUUACCGCCUCAGCUGUUCAAAUAGGUUCAAGUGACGUGCAUGAAAGAGACACGGUGGGGGAACCGUCAUGGCUACUUGAGCGAUUUGACGUUCACGCCAAAGGUGCCGCAUUUCCUCAAACGCUCGUCAUUGACGCUCGAAGGCCUCCGGUGUUUUUUUUUUCCUCCCUCCGAGAAAACGACGACAACACAAUGCGGCCGUCGUUCCGAGUGACGGGACGCGCCAUCGCCGUCCUGCGAAAGGGUUGACGGCAACGAGGACGGCGGCAAUUUAACCUUGCGAUGUUUGUCUUGGGCUGGUUUGGCGGGGAACACACGAAUUUGGGCUAUCGUUUCCAUCGCGGACGUGUAGACGACGGCGUAUUAGCAUCGCGGAGUAAAGUAGCGCGUCAUACGUCGUCCGAUCACCGCUGAAUGCUAUGAAUAUCGUCCGGCCCUCUUUUCCUUGCAAUCCGGCCUGUUUGUCGCCCGCCCAUUCUGCCGUGUUCCAAAUGAGCUUUUGUCAGUGCUUAAAACGGAGCGGCGGCGUUGAAAAGAAAUCACCGAAUAAGACACGCACUCGCACGCGAUACUGUACAUGUCUGCAUAGUUUGACACUGCUUUCGUCUGUUCUGGCAGGUACCGUAUUGGCCCAAAUAUAAAAAACAUAAAACUGGAAAAGUGGGGUCGUUUUAUAUUCGGGGUCUAGACAUUAUACCAAUUCACGACGCUAGAUGGCGCCAGAUAUCAUUGAAGCGAAUGCUGAACUUGACUCCCCGGGCCAAAGUGAACCCCUGCCACGAAGAAUAAAAUAAAAAUAGCGGUAGCACGAAGAAAAAAAAAAUUGCGUUAAGAAGGAAAAGAAGACAAUAAUAGAAGAGAUAACAGAAAAUGGAGAAACGUCGCAACAAUCUCCAGAAAAGUGGGUCAAAAAUCGGCCACGUUAACCGGCAGCUGAGGAGAAGUUUUGAUGUAAUUAACAUUUCAAAAACCAGAAGCCAUUCAUUUAUGAAUGUGAUUACACUUUAGUUUAGUUGAAUGAGGCAAAAUAACAUCCUUUUACUCUCAAAUUUAUUGUUGUAAUCAUUUUUUUUUUCAGAUGUACUGUAAUUAUUUUCUGGAUAAACAUUAAUUUGGUGUUCAAUAAGUCAGUUUUCAAUCUUGAGUCUUGAAAAAGAGGGGGUCGUCUUAUAUUCAGGCCAAUACGGUAUGUUGAUCCAAACAGAAGGUGAAGAAAGAAGCGGUCGCUCUAACCACGUCGCACUUUUGAGAGUCAAGAAAGAAAAGACUCGCGCUCGGAAAGGGAUCGUGUAUGUCCGGCUGUCGCGUAGACGAACGCCGCCCGGCCACCGUCUGAGGAAAUGCGCCACUAAAUGUGUUGCGGAUCUACAUGAGCGGUUGUCGAGGCCAUUUUUGUCCACCGGAUCCCUCGAGUAGAGGCAGAACCAUCUCGAGCGUCGCCCUUUGCGCAUCCGGAUAAAAAAAAUUGUUCCCCGGUGAAACGUUUGUGUUGCACCGUCAACGGGUCACUGAAGUGAAAAGGGACAGCGGACAGCUUCCAGGCGUGUUUGUUGCUUCGGGUUCAGUCUGUGUCUCUGAUUUCAGCUCUCCGUCUCCCAUUUCAUCCGGCGGCGAUGGAGUCCCUUUAAUUGUAUCCGCUUGAGCAGUAUCGAUGCCCGGCCCCCUCGUUUGUCGGAGAGGUUCUCUUGAAGGGUGUCCCACUUUGGAAACCCGUUGUUAAGUGUCACUAUUUAAGCGCUGCUGAGGAACCUCGGGUCUGAUUGACUCUGGAACGUGAAGGGAAGCUGGUACGAGACUUGGCGAGUAUCCAUCCGAGCACGUGUUACGGUAUGUCGCGCUUGUCCUGUCAUUCUCGUCUUUCCGCCAGAGUCCCUGUCAGCGUGAAGAAAGCGCUCGUGUUAUUGUUGCGGCGUCCUCAGACUUUGCUGUCAGUUCUGACCACAAGAUUAGAUUUGGAUUUGCAAAAUUCUUCUGUGGUACUUUGUUUUUUUCUUUGUAUGUGUCAACGAUGUCAGAAAAGAAUUUGGGGCGGAAAUCGCUAUCUUCUGUUCGUAUCAAGGUUUGCAUUUGGGGAAACCGCAUUGUUUUGGUAACCUGCCCCCAGUACCAAACUCUCGGAUCCGACCUCGGAAAAGAGCUUCGUGUCGGCUGCGUUUUGCCUCGGAAACGCUCACUUUGACUUGAGGGGAGAAUAAAAGCGUUCGACGUUUAGGCUCUUUUUUGCAUUAUUGCAAUAAAUGGCUUUUUUUCUUGA